UACUUGACGAGCAGUUGGGCAACAAGAUGUACUUCAGGCCGAUCACGUUUUCACAAUUGCUGUUCUCGCUAAAGAGAAAGAAGAUCACAAUUUCCAAUGAGGAAUCAAAGUUGGCUAGGGUGCUGAGCACCUUUGAUCUGACUGCCCUCGGCAUCGGCAGCACCCUAGGUGUGGGUGUCUACGUCCUCGCGGGAGAGGUGUCCCGAAAUUACGCCGGACCGGCUGUUGUCUUUUCCUUCCUCAUUGCCGCCAUAGCUUCAGCAUUCGCAGGUCUCUGUUACGCCGAGUUUGGAGCAAGAGUUCCGAAAGCCGGAUCAGCCUACAUCUACAGUUACGUCAGUGUCGGAGAGUUCAUAGCCUUCAUCAUCGGUUGGAAUCUGAUCCUGGAGUACGUCAUAGGUUCUGCGAGUGUCGUGAAAGGGCUGUUCGUCUACAUAGAUCGAUUAGCAGACAACGUUAUGUCCAAAUGGUUUGAAGAGACGAUGCCCAUCGAUGUAGAUAAUCUGGCCACCUAUCCGGACUUCUUCUCGCUGGCCAUGAUCCUCAUUUUCUCUGUGGCGUUGGCGUUCGGUGCCAAAGAAUCCUCUUUCAUCAACACCAUAUGCACAUCUAUCAAUCUUAUAAUCGUACUCUUCGUCGUUAUCAGCGGCAUCUGGAAAGUGAAUACGGACAACUGGUUCUUGAGCAAGGACGAGGCUAUAGAUCAAUGCAAAGACAACCCCAACGUGGGCGAGGGUGGUUUCGCUCCUUUCGGUAUAAACGGCAUCAUCAAAGGGGCAGCCAAGUGUUUCUAUGGUUUCAUCGGAUUCGAUUGCAUCGCCACCGCAGGCGAAGAAGCCAAAACUCCGCAAAAAUCCAUUCCAUUGGCUAUCGUCAUCUCGCUCUUCAUCAUCUUCUUGUCCUACUUCGGCAUCUCCACCGUUCUAACCAUGAUGAUACCUUAUUGCGAUCAAGACGAGAGCGCUCCAUUUCCACACGUCUACGAGUUCGUGGGUUGGGAAUGGGCCAAGUACGUGGUGUCGUGCGGUGCCCUCGCCGGUCUCUUCGCCAGCUUGUUGGGAGCCAUGUUCCCGUUGCCUAGAAUCAUCUACGCCAUGUCCACCGACGGUCUCCUCUUCAACUUCCUGGGAAAGGUCCACCCCAAGUACCAGACUCCCUUCAUGGGCACCCUAGCAGCAGGAGUUCUGACCGGAGUACUCGCUUGCAUCCUGGAUAUGCACCAACUGUUCGGAAUGAUGUCCAUUGGAACGUUGUUCGCCUACUCCAUGGUCGCUGGCUGCAUCCUCAUCCUCAGAUUCGAUAUCGGACCCACCGAUAAGAAGGACGACGACUUUCAGGUCAUCACCUUUGGAAGCGUCGUCAAGCAGCUGUACAACCGCAAGCUCAAGUAUCCAACCAGAUUAUCUUCCAGCAUAGUCACCUACGAAGUCGCCAUGUACCUGGCCGUGUGCUUCCUGCUGGCACCACUCUUAAGCCAGUGCGAGGAUCUUUUAUCCGAAGCUGAUCCACUCGUCAUCUCCGGCGUGGUAAUAUUGGCGAUCAUCGCCAUAGCUCUUGUCUCCUCCAUCGCUUGCCAGCCCAGAUCCUCGGCGAAGCUCACCUUCUCCGUACCUCUGGUGCCAUGGUUACCUGCCAUCAGCAUGUUCAUCAACAUCUACCUGAUGACGACGCUUGCACAGAACACCUGGAUCCAGUUCGCCAUCUGGAUAGCAAUUGGUCUCGCCAUCUACUUCCUGUACGGCAUCUGGAACAGCACGGAGACGGGCAAGGAGACGCAGGUGCACGACAAGAACGACAACAUCGAGGCCACCGAGAACGGCCACAAGUGAUAGCCAACUCAAAUCCUUACCAUCAUUAAGUUAUUUCCUCCCAUCCCUGCUUCGUUUUCUCUUUCAUCUUCAAGUUUUCCACACACUGAAAAAAAAAGAAACAGAAAGAACAACGUUGUAUUUUUUUUUAAAUAUAUAUGUGUUAAUAGAUAUAUUCUUGCGCAAACAAUUUUCU